AUGGAUAAGCAGGGAACAUACGUCAGCUCGGGGGACUGUAUAUUCACCUUGACCAAGCGCGCAUUGUUUAACCAUGGGAUUAGGGAGGUUGUACAGGCGCUGCUGGAUGAGGGGAUGAAGUUGACAGGGCUGAGGGAACACCAGCGUGCGCCGUUGACAGGCGCGCAAGCAGAACUAGAGGUGGACCAACGAGGCGAGUCGCAGGUUAAAGAGAAGCCGUUGGCACGACGCAUAUAUCUUCACAGGAGAUUACUCUUUGAAGCGUCGACCGUGGCGAUUGCCCUUUCGUAUACGCUACUAGCCGUCAAGGAAUAA